ACCCUCUACAUCGCCGCGUCAGCUCUCUAAUUUAUGGCUCCUGGAAUUACAAUCGUGCACUUGCACAGCAGUGCCCUUGUCCUCUUUUCCACUUGAAAAAAGUGACACGCUGAAGAUUGUAACCCGAAAGAUGCCAUCUCUAACACGCGGGAGUGGGUCACAAAAAAGAAGAACAGAAUCGAGCUCAUCAACGGUUUUCUAGAGCUGUUCAAGCUCAAGACUUAAGGCUGGAUCCGUCCACUUCUCGAGCGCAUUUCUUCGCCUUUGGUUGUUAGUAUUGGAAGAAAUGCACGUGAGAAAUGGGGCGCCUUAAGCUCUAAAAAACUGUGAUGCUGAGCGAUAUCAAAGACGUUAUCGACAAAUACCAGACGCACAUCGAUCUGAAUAGUUACGGCGUGGCUCUCUUCGUGUUUAUUAUUGUUUUCAUUCUCAUGAGGAUACGGAUAGCAAUUAUUUUCGCUAGCAGUCUCGUAGCUAUUGUAGAGAAUUCACCUUGGGUUUAUGUUGUGCAUGUGUAUGAUUCUGCACCCUCUAAAACAAAAUCCGAAGCGUGCCGAACGUCGGAAAGUUUGCGGCUCACUGGGAGGAUGGAUCGUUUACGUUUCACAAACGUAUAGACUCUUACUUUCUUUCUGUUGCUCGUUCUCUAACUGUAGCUAGUCUGGUUCUUCUUCGAUUUCUUUAGGGUGUUCCGAAUCCGAAGUCGAUGCUGACCUCGGCCAUUUGUUAAAUUCUGGUGAGAUAUCGCGUAGUUAUCAAGUCGAAAACGAAGGCUCGUUGCUUGAUUCUCGCGUCUCUUCUCACCCAGUUCAACCCUCCAACUUGACCUUCAGAAUUCGUGUACGUCGAUGCGAUCUUAUUGAAUGGCUGCUACUAUGGCCUCUGGGGGAAUCAUAGCAGCCGGGGUUUGCAAAUUGCUGCGAAGAACAUGCAGCCUGCGGAUCUGCAGGAGAAGAUCGACAGGGCGAGCCAGGAGGUGGAUAUCCUGCGGUUAAGGCUCGACGCGUUUCAUUUCUGCGCGUCAUUUCUUCCAAACACUAAAAAACUGCGCCGCGCUAGGCUUGGGAGAAAUGUACGCAGGAAGUGAGAGAAUCGCGCUGAGCUCUAAUGUUGCCAGAAGUGCUUGCUUUUCCGCAAUUGGCUUCCAUUUUUUUAUGAUGGUUAAAAAGUCGAACAUUAUCCUUAGCGCUGAUUUUGAUUUUUGAUUUUGUCGUCAAGUGCAUGCUUCGUCCUUGAGUCCGUGCUUCAAGUCCAUACUUCAGAAAAAACCUUGCUUCUUAUCUCUAACGUCCGUGGGGCUUGGGAAUGACGACGCGAAGAGCAUGCCUAUGCAGCUACAUCAAGUCAUACCAAAAAUCAAAAUGGCGUCGCAAAAAUGGAAAUCGUGGAAGGCGACGCCAGCGCUCGCGGAAAAACUUGCCAACACGGACGAAAUGAGUUUUUUAAGGGUAUUACUAUUUUUGUUAAAUGCGGGACAUCAUAGGCUUACCCAUUUCGUUCGAAGCUGAGACUCUUGCCACUUAUUCAGUUCAUGAACCUCUUUUUCUUUUUCAGUUUCAAGUUCACUCGUGUAGUAGUAGCACCAGUUCCGUCCAGUUUCACACUCACUUUCAGAUGACCCAGACUCAACCUAAACUGAACUUUGCUCCACUCAAACCCAAACAGCAAGAAAUCGCUGGAGGUGCGUGCACUGAUCAGCUCACGGAUGGGCAGAUGACUCAACUGAAGGCAUUUGCUGACAAGGAUUACUUUGGUGACGGGAAUGAUUUGCAAGGAGGAGGAAUCGCAAAGCAGGCGGCUUCAACGUUUAUUUUGGAAACUGAUGGCGUCGCGAAAAGCCCGCUCUUUUCUUUUAUCCAUGUACUUGCGUUUUGCUUUUGGUUUUAGUGCUCUCUCACGACUUUGAUUUGAUCUGCGUGAUCGUGUUCUUGCUCUCUUUUUUGACUUCUUUUCGACUGUUAGCGUUCUUGAUUUGCUUUAGGUCUAUCUCUCUGAUCAGUCGGGACGCUUUCUCGUCCUUGUAGCUUGUGAAUUUGUUUCGCCCCAAAUCUUUGUUCUCAAUACUUCACCACACAGAACGACCUUGCGGGGGCGCUGACAGACAUCCCAGACACUGACUUGUUCCUGGGUUGUUGCAUCGUUUCAAAUUUCGGAUUUUGCACCAAGACGCGGAUCCAGUUUAAGUCGAAGGACCGACUGCGAGAAUACCGCUUGUUUUUAUGGCUUGGAUGAGUUCUGCGUCGUAGUCUUUUUCUUUCCCAUUGUUUCAUCUUUGUGGCUAAUUGUGUGCUAUAUGUUGCGCUUCGGCCGUGUUGUCAUAGUCAUAUCUAGCGGCUCGAUUUUCGUAAAGUUAUGGAGCUGUGGGCUAUUCUUUUGGGAUAGCCAUAAGCUUGAAGAUCGUCCAACUUAAAACCCAUCCAGUCCUCCCCUUCUAAUUUCUCUUGGAGAUAUCUUCGAUGCGAGCCCAGUCGAGUGGACAGUCAUCCUGAAGAUGGGCCGCCUUUUGGGGCUUGAGGGGUCUCUUAGCGUCCUCCAUACGAAGGAAAAACUGUCCAGCGUCGAACGCGAACGUCUCGAAGCAUUGGAAGACCAGGUAGACGACUUGCGGGAGGAGUUACAACUAGAACACAGUCGAGCUGUUUUCGAAGUUUUUCCUCUUCGCGCUGACCUUGUGCGGAACUACAGGAACCUCAUCGGUGCUCAUGUGCCGUUUCUGUCGAGGGCGGAGCCUGGUCUAAUCGUAGCGCCUGGAGAUAUAAAAGUGAACAAAGUGCUGGGCAACAAUUAAGGCUGAGGAAAGUUUUAUUUUUCAUUUUCGGCCGUGAUUCUUAUUAACUUACUUCGUGACUUUUUCAUUUUCUUUCAUCUCCCUCCGAAUUUAUUACUCUGCUUGUUGAUCUUGAUUGUGGAAGAAUGAAGAGCCAAACGCCUCCCCCUCCUCUCAACCUCUAAGAAAUGCUAUGGGCGAUCGAACCAACUAAAGGCGUCUACAUUCAGGACCUGCAAGGUGAGGGAAUAAUGCAGGUUGGAAAGGCGUGCACGGCUCCGCCGGAGGGCUGGAAAGAAGUGAUCAAAACGCAGCCGCUCGACCUCAUCAAAGAGGUCAUGGAGUCGAAGCGCAAAAUGUUCAGGGCUGAGCAUGCAAAAUUAUGGCUCCGCUUGGUGAUUCUGAUUUUGUUGCCUUCCUUUUGUUUCUCACUCUUUCAAGGGUUCGCUUAUCUCCAUCCAUCUCGUUUCUCUUGUCUUCUUCGUUCGUAGCCUCAGAAUAACUUCAGGGCCAGGCUUACUGCAAGAGUCCGCCAAUAUUUGAACCGUUCUAAUGAACCGCAUCAAAGAACGCCUAGACGCAAACUACGACCCUGAUGCCACUGAGCGCGCGGAACACGUGCGCAAAAACAAUGGAAGCGCAUCCCUCGACUACGUUCCGCAGAACCUCUUCCACAUCCUCAUUGUGGACGAAUGGGCGAACGUUGAAGUCAAAAAGCCGACAAAGAAACAAAGAGGCAACAGGAAAGAACAGGCAAACGACGACGAAGAGAAGGACGAGCCAGGUAGUGAACAUCUAAAAAGCAUCGCCUACGGGUUUGAUUUUGUUUCUGUAAUGGAGCCGCUGCUUCGUUUGUUUCAUUUAUGACCUCCCUAGUUGAAGUUUGUUUUUGUUAUUGUUUGUGUUUCAUCAGCAUGCUUAUGCUCUCUAUCGGUCCAUUUAUUUUGUGCCUCACUCUAACACACACACACACACGGCCUCAGGUUUGCGCAAGAUGGUGCAGGGCCAUGUCUGUGUGGAAGACUCAGAAGAAUGGAACACUCUGCCAGUUGACACGUUAGUGGAUAGCUUUUUCGUCGGGAAUGUCCGCCCCGCUUUCGUCGAGGUCAGCGUUCCAGGGUGUGGCGAUGAAGUUUAAGGAAGCGGCUCACUGAAUUUUUUUAAUACCGUCGCAGCAUCUCGCGCUGCUUCUCUUUCAAUUAAUUUCGUACUACUUUUCGUUCUCAUCUUUCGUGCCUCUAAUCGUUGUUUUUGACGCAGCAGUGCACUGUUCCGCCGGGAUUCUACAUCCGCAACGGCAUGGUCGCCGUUGAGCGCGCAGAACGCCAGCUGCAUAAGUUCAUGGUUGAGGAGGAAGGAAUCGUGAGUAGUGCGCUUGCCCUCCCGAAAGCGAAGACCCAAUGGGACUCGGAAGAACCAACGUUAAAUUAAGGCUUGGGAGUUGGCGUCUCUUUGUGCAUCUUGUCUCUGUGGUUUCUUCAAGUAGGAGAGCCAUAUCAAUGCCAAUGGCCUAAGAUAAAUACGCGACGCCAACUCUCAACCUCUAACCGAAACAAUUCACCCAAGGAUGUGUUUUGCCGGUCCUCGACUACAGCAACCACUACGCUGACUUCAUCAAUUCAGGCGCGAGCUUUGUCUUUGUGGCAAACGUUUCGUCUGCGCAUCCUGCUGAUACCGUUGUCGAAAUGCGUCCGGUUGAUCUGGCUGGAGGAAUUGGCAGCUGUGUUAUGGCUUUUGUGAUGUCUUUCUACUGCGUAUUUCGUAGACAUUAAGUUUCUGCUGGCGCAUAGCCGCGCUACUAUGUAUUGCACCAUCAUCCCCCCCUUGCUCCAAUUUUUACGCAGUGAAGUUUUUCAGGAAAGACGCCGGGGGCGGCUUGACGUUCGUGGACCCCGGCCAGGUGGUUCAAACAACCCCAGAAGAUUUUUUAAAUCUUUUCUGGCGUUCUGGUGUCUGUCAGGACACGAGUGAAAACAUCAUCUGGAAUCCGGUGAUCGACAGCAAAAAGGCGAAAGCGAAAGCCUUAAAGCUCUACGAGAUGCGCUACGAUCCUACUACGGCGCGCCAUAUUAGCCAUAAUUAGUAGGCGUAUGCGUAUCGUUAUCGUUUUCCUUUUCGUUAUCGUAGUCGCUGCUUCUUAAGGUUAAGCUUAGUCUUAAGCCUAAGCUUAAGCUUUAGAGAUAAUGAAAAGUGUCAAGCCGGGGCUACCGCUGGCGCCUUUCCUGAUUCUUGGCUUUGUCGUUCUUUCUACCUAUCUUUCAUCCCCUUCCCCUCUAAUCUACACCAACUCAUCAAAAUGGAGCGAGACCUCAAGAAUUCGCGCGUGGGAGCGUCUGCUGUGGAUACAGCGGCGCCGGUACCGAACAGCCUCAAGAAGUCGCAUUUGGCAGCAUCUGUGCACGGCGCGCACAUGAAUCCAACGGCGCCGGCACCGGACAGCAAAACGAGAAAAGCGGUCGACGAGGUGACGGCUGAGGCAGUCAGAACAGGCGAGUACAAUGACUCGAGUUUCAUGAACGAACUGGUCGACCCGAACAACGAAAACCCACUGGGCGAGAGCUGGAUGGAUGUCUCGAUGCUGUCCGCGCUAAACAACUCGCUGCCCGGGUCUGCGAUCAAGCUGCGAGCCGGCAAAGAUGCAAAAGGAAAGGGAAAAGAGUGGCUGCUUUCUUAAGAGUUGCAAAGUGUCUCCUUUCUUUCUAUUUCGUUGCAUUUUCUAUUCUGUUCCGUUUUCUAUUUCGUUACCUUUUCUAUUUCGUUCCACUCUCAAGAUUUGGGAGCACUUCUGCCUUAAGGGUUGCAAACAAGUGCCACCUUUCUGCUUCUUUCUAUUUCGUUACAUUUUAUAAGUCGCUACAUUUUGUUUUCUAUUUCGUUACACUCUCGCGGGGCUGUGUGCGGUUGGGUUC